AUGGCCCUUAAAAGCGGACGGACCUGGACCUGGCGGAACUUCACGGUGUGCUACCUGAUCUCCUUGGGAAUGAUCGCCAUGGGUUACCCAGCUGCCGUUAUCUCGACAACCCUUGCACAGCCCUCCUUCUUGAUAUACAUGGGAUUACUUGAUCUGGAGGCUCAGCCCCCAAGGCUGACUGGAGAUGCGGAAGGAUUGAUUGGAGCGAUGUCAGGAGUUUUUCAAGCUGGAGCAGCAAUCAAUGUGUUCAUCGCCUCCUACGUUGCCGACAAGUGGGGCAGAAAAGCCUCCUUCCAUUACCUUUGUCUUCUCUCAGUUUUCGGGGGUGCGUUGAUUUGUGGCAGCAAAAAUGUGACCAUGUUCAUUGUCGGUCGAUUCUUUGCGGGAGCUGGCAGCUGGGGCUAUAUGGUCAUUACACCGUUCUACACUGCUGAGCUUGCCCCCGCUGGUCUCCGCGGGCUCAUGGUCGGUUUGACUGGAAUCAACUUAUCAGUCGCCUAUGUCCUCUCGGCAUUCAUGGGCCUCGCCUUUCAUUUUGUGAAAAACCCAGGUGCUCAAUGGCGGGGUCCGUUAGGACUUGCUCUGGUAUGGCCAGUUCUGGUGUCCCUCGUCUGCUUUUUCAUUCCCGAGUCACCUCGCUAUCUUCUGAUGAAGGGAAAAGUCGAUGAAGCACGAGAAGUGGUCUUCAAACUUCACAGUUCUAAGGAUGACCCUGAUCAAGAACUUGCUCGAGGCGAGUUCUACCAGAUGACCAAGCAGACAGAGCUGGAAAGACAAUUAACACCAAGCUACCUCGAGAUGAUUCGCAAACCUAGUUAUCGGAAGCGUGUACUCCUGACUAUGGGCUACGCUUUCUUCGGACAAUCUACUGGUGUCCUCGUUUUGAAUAAUUAUGGUCCAACGAUAUAUAAAGAGCUUGGAUAUGACACCGUUAUACAAUUGAUACUUCAGUGCGGCUGGGUUACACUUGGACUCAUCGGCGUUAGUCUAAGCGCAUUGAUCAUGGACAGGGUUGGCCGGAAGCCGCUCAUGAUUGUAGGUCUCGCUGGCUGCUGCGUGUCACUUGCUCUCGAAGCUGCUAUGGUGGCUUCAUUUGCCAAAGAAGGUACCAAUAAGGCGGGCCUUCGAAUGGGUGUCGCGGCGGCAUACAUGUUCACACUGUUCUACACCUUCGGGUUUGACAGCGCCGGAUUUGUUUUCUUCUCAGAGGUUUACCCUAGUCACUUAAGAGCUCGAGGCCUGGCCAUAGUCAUUGCGACGGUUGCAUUGACCGAUCUUGUGUAUUUGGAAGUCACGGAGACAGCAUUUGCUAACAUUGGAUGGAAAUUCUACCUUGUCUUCAUCAUCCUUUCAGCUGUAGGCACUGUUUUUACCUAUUUCUUCAUUCCAGAGACGAAAAACAUUCCGCUGGAAGAGAUGGGGACCAUCUUCGGAGACGAUGUCGCGGUAUAUGGGGAAGAUUUGCGCGUCGAUCACCGCACUCAUGAACUGAUUGUUGACGGGCACGGGGAUAGAACCCACCAACUUGAAAGAGUUGCCACCGAGGCUGGAAUCGACAAGCGACCCUCUUCAGACGUGAGCAAGCUUGAAGGAGAUAAUCCAUCCGUGCAGCAUGUCAACGUUGCAGAAACUGUCCAUGGAUAA